AAAACUGGAGAAUUGAGAAUUAAAUUUAAGAAAUAAUCCUAUUAAAGACCCUAGAAGAUAAACUUGUUUGUUUCAAUCUGCUAUUGAGGUUGUUUACUAUGUCUUUGGCUGAUACAACAAAAACAAGUAUAGAUGAACAUUUCCCCAGUGUGGGAUUAGAAAACAAUAGGAAGUCUGCAGAAUGCAAGAUAAGCCCAGGCACAGGUGAUUUUUCAAGGAACAGUAACACCUCCGAAAAGAGUGUUGAUUAUAGCAAAUCUCAGUGCUCCUGCAGAAGCUUAAGUUCUCACUAUGAUUAUUCAGAAGACUUUCUCUCUGAAUCUUCAGAAACAGCUGUUAAAAAAAAUUAUUUAGAGCAUCAUGUGGUAAAAGAAAAGGAGAAGGAGAAGAAAAAGUACAUUUCUAAAAUCUCGCAACCUAAAGGCCAGAAGGAAAUCUCAGCUGAAAAAAAGCACACCUGGAAUACAUCAUUUUUAAGUUCUCAAAUCAAUAUGAUUACCCAAAGAAGAGAUGCUGUGGCUCAUCGAAUACUCUCAGCAAGGCUUCAUAAGAUUAAAGAACUAAAAAAUCAAUUAGCUGAUAUACAUCGUAAAUUGGAAACCAUCAUCAUAGAAAACCAAUUUUUGAAACAACUUCAGCUGAGGCACUUGAAAGCUAUAGGAAAAUAUGAGAAUUCACAAAAUAAUCUACCUCAAAUUAUGGUUAAACAUCAGAAUGAAAUAAAAAGUUUAAAGCAGCUACUUAGGAAAUCCCAGGAAAGGGAAAGAACUGUAUCUAGGAAACUUAGAGAAACCGACAACAAGUUACUGAAGACUAAAGAUGCCUUGCAGGCACUGCAGAAACUUUCUGAAGACAAAAAUCUUGCAGAAAGGGAAGAACUUACUCAUAGAUUGUCUAUUCUUAUGACAAAAAUGGAGGAAAAUGACAAAAAAAUACAGAGCUUGGAAAAACAACUGAGGUUAAACAGUAGAGCCUUUAGUCGGCAGUUGGCAGUUGAAAAUGGGAAGACUUUAGCAGCUCAAACAGCUACAAAGACUCUACAAGUGGAAGUAAAAUGCCUUCAACAAAAACUCAAGGAGAAGGAUCGUGAGCUUGAAAUUAAAAACAUCUAUGCUAAUAGAAUCUUUAAAAAUUUACAUGACAAAGAAGAUUAUCCAAAAGUUUCUUCAACAAAAUCAGUACAGGCAGACAGGAAAAGUUUGUCAUUUACAAGUGUGAGACACCAGGAAACCCAAAAAUCAGAAGAUGUUUCUUCUUUGACAACUAAGGGUAAAAAGGCAGCAGGAAAUAUUGGUCAUAAAGAAAAAUCAACUGGAAUAAACUGUGAAAUUCCUCACUAUAUCAGUAAACUACCAAAGCAAGAGGAUUCUAAGAGAAAAUUUGAAGGUUUAUCAAAGGAAGAGGAACAUUUGAAAGUACAAGCAGCACUGGAGAAUAUUGGAAGACAAAAAGAGAAAAAGGAAGAUCAAGAAAAGAAAAUCAUGUUAAUGAAAGAGGAAGAACUACCACCAAAAAGAAUUCAAGAAAUUCAUCCUGAAAGAGAAAGCAACCAGGAAGAUGAUACAGUAAAAGAAAACUUUAAAAGAAGUGUAGAAAUAAGUGACAUGGAUGAGACACCUGAUAAAUAUGCCGUUCCAAAUAUCAAAACACCCUUCAGACAAAGAAAGCAUUAUUCAUUUACAGAAGCGAUCGAAAACUUGCAUCAUGGGCUUCCUGCUUCAGGUGGGCCAGCCAAUACAGAUGGCACGAGAUGCAAUCAUAAUACAUACAAACAUCGCAGUAAUGUAGAAGUAAAGCAAGAACAUUCUAUUAGCGGGUAUGAACCCUCUUUUGGUAAGUCUUCCAGAACAAAAGUGAAAGAUACAACUUACAAAGAUAAGAAAAGCAGUCUAAUGCAAGAACUCUUUGGAUCAGGCUAUGUCUUAAAAAAUGACCAACCAAGUCCGGUUGUUAUGAAAGAAUCUGAGGAGACAUUGAAAAGUAAGAAGAUGCAUCAUCUGUCUCCUAGUCAGGCCUCUGCCAGCAAUGCUUUUGGAGAUUCUCAAGUAACUGUGGUAAAUUCUAUGAAGUCAUCUUCACCUACAGAAGGAAACAGAAAAAUAAUUAUUUAAAUAUAAUCAAUAUCCUAAUACA